AUGCUUUUAAAAUCGGGUUUACAGUUUUUACUUUGCUAUUUGCAAGUGGCUCUGGCAGCUACAAGCUAUCUUCACAUAAACUCGAAGGAUUACGAGAGGGCGUUGAAUGAUGGGGAAGUGCAAUCCAUUGCUGAGCUAGAGAGAAUUAGCUCGGCUGAAGAUCCCCUAGUUGUUAUCCAAUUUAACAAUUUCAAUCUAUUGGAAGGAGUAAAGGAAUGUGGUGUUGGAUGUCGGUUUCUAGCGGAUAUUUUCGGUGAAUACACCAACGUGUUGGAGGACGACACGUUCGAAGUCAGCGAUGACGCUAAUGUCAUUCAAAUUGAAGAAUUACCAAAGACAUUAUCCGAAAAACUUUACAACGUAAUUCAAACUGGCGAGACUGCUAUUGUUUUGCAAUUUACCGGUUCUGACUAUGUGAUGACUGAUCUUGACGAAUAUUUGGAUUCGGCUUUCUUCUUCCUCCGUGAUUCCCUGCCAAAUUUGAAAAACUUGGCUAUCGAAAUCCCCUCCACAGAAGUCUUGAAGGCGUCGGUGAGAGCACAUGUCGAAGACGAAAGUGCAUUUGAGCCCACUGUUCAAUUAUCAAAAAAACCUGAAUCAGGAGGGUCUUCUGAUGAUGGCAAACUAAGUUCUUUGUGGACUGAAGGUCUUCUAAGUUGUCUACUCGUUUCUUUGCUUUUGGUUUGGAUUCUCGUUGUGGCUAUUUCCUGGGUUACGAGCUUAGAAAUCAGCUACGGUGCGUUGGAGAAACCGGCUAAUCCAUUGAAGAAGAAUAACUGA